AUUUUUUCCUUUUUGACACGUCAAGAAAUAAUUCCCAAAAUAAUACAAUUAUACAUUUUCCCCGAAAAAUGAUAACAGGAGGAUAAGUGUGGAGAAAAAAUCCCAUUUUCCAAAUUUACCAAUCUGUCACAGUUCGUGUGUAUGUGUGUGCUCAAUGUUCAAAAUAAAAUGACGAAUUUAAUUGAUAGCCACGUUGUAAAAACUAUAAAAAUUUUGCAAAUCUUUCUAAUAUCUAAAAGGUUAUAAAAAAAACCAUAUUUUUAUAAUAGAAAAAAAUAGUGCGCGUGCAAAAUGUGACUUUUUAAAAUUUUUCAAUAAACAUUAAAUAAGAAAAAAAGAUUUUGUACCUGGGGGGAGAGUGAGAGAGAGUGUUUUUCUGACAUAUUGUGAAAAAAAAGAGACAAAGAUGCCAAAUUUAAAAAUGUUACCGAGAAAUUCAAAAAUUGUGGCACUAUGUUCGGCGGCGAAUUUUAUUAAUGCCGCCGAUCGGGUUAUUAUGCCAAUUGCCAUUGUUCCAAUGUCACACGAAUUCCGCUGGAAUCUCCAUUGGCAAGGAUGGAUUCAUUCUGCAUUUGCAUUUGGUUACUUCACCAGUCAGAUAAUUGGAGCCAGUACAGCGAAUCGUUUUGGUUGUAAAACCGUUUUGAUGGCAGCCGUUUUACUCUGGUCAAUUAGUACAAUUAUUACUCCACUUUUAGCUGAAUCUGUUACGUUACUCGUAAUUUGCCGAGUGAUUCUCGGCCUUGGAGAAGGUUUAGGUUUGCCUGUAAUUUUUCAUUUAUUUGCUCACAAUGUUCCUGUGGAAGAGAGAUCGAGGGCUUUCGGUUUCCUCAUGGCAGCCGGUACCGUAGGUCAAGUUGUCGCCUCAGUCUUGUGUCCUAAUGUGUCGUGGCAAACGGGUUUCUAUCUCUUUGGCUCAUUUGGAAUAAUUUGGACUUUUUUGUGGUUAAUUAUGUACCACGAGACGAACGGUCAGGACGAAAUUCCACUAUUUAUACCUAAGGUAUCACAAAAUCGAAGUCCUCGAUGGACGGAAUUCAUAGUUCAUUGGCCGCUUUGGUCUCUGUAUAUCGCACAUUUUGCAAUGAAUUGGAGUAAUUAUAUAAUAAUGCAAUGGCUACCGACUUAUUUAUCGAAAAAUCUCUCAGCGAAUGAGAAGAGCAUCAGUCUUACUGCCUUACCCUAUAUUGUUAACUCCCUCGUCGGUAUAGUUGCCGGUUAUGGUGCUGAUAAUCUCAUUAAAAAACGAUGGCAAAUUCUAAGCGUUCGAAGGCUAAUGACAAAUAUCGGCUUAAUUGGACCGGGAGCAUUUCUUCUUGCCUUUUGUACAGUUGAUAAUCUUCUUUUGGCAGUAAUAUUUAUUUCCAUUUCCAUGGGUCUAUGCGCGUGUAAUUCUUCCGGACAUUUGAGCAAUCACGCGGAAGUUGCACCCAAUCACGCGGGAAUGACUUUUGCCAUUUCAAACACAAUAGCGACGAUUCCCGGCAUUUUGUGCGGACCCUUAACAGCCGAACUAGUGACAGCGUCGCACGGUCGUUGGAUGCCCGUUUUCGUAUUGGCGGCGGCGAUUAAUUUCACCGGGGCAAUUAUUUACCAAAGUCACAGUUCAGCCCAGGCCGUAUUGUGAUAUUCGGAAAAUGAUGAUAAUUAUUUUUACUAAAAAAAACAAUCAUAUCGUGUGCGAGAAAAAAAUUGACUGUGAAUGCUAAUUUAUAUUGAUGACUUAGAAAUUUAUUUUCCAGAGUUAUAAUUAAAUUAUUGCGAAUGAGAUAUAAAUAAUAUUCUGUAAAGAUGAAUGUAUAUAUAUAAAUAAUACAAAAUGUCAAAUUUUAACUAUUAUCAAGUAUAACGUACGUGUGGCAAUUUAAUUUCUUAAUAUGAAACUUGACGAAAGUGAAAAUAAUGUUAGUAAUUUUUUUUUUAUAAAUAUACAAAUUAUUUUAUACUAUAUAUAAUUUAAUAAUAGUCUAAAGAAACAUUUUUUGUAAAUAUUUUAGUUAUUUAAUUAUUGAAAAGGAAUUUAAGUACAAUCAAAACAAAAAUCUUUGAUAUUAUAAAUAUUGUAUACAUUUAUAUAUAAAAGUACUUUUUUAUAUUUUUUUAUAAAAUUUAUAUUUUUAGUAAUAAAUAUAAUUAAUGUUUUA